AUGAAAAGCGCCAAUCCGAGGAUCGUCCAAACUCUCGAGCCCCUUCUUCACGGGCUGAAGUUCGCCGUCGUGUACUGCGGAACGCAUCAGUACAAGGUUUCCCCCGGCGACGUCAUCGUCGUGCAGCGGCUGCGCGCGGAGAUCGGCAGUCAGAUUGCGCUGAAAAAGGUGUUGAUGGUGGGUGGGGCGCGUUUCACGUCGAUCGGGCGUCCGUUUCUCGAUCACGCGCGCGUCUUGGCGGAUGUGGAGGAGCAUAAACGAAUGCGAAAUGUCGUCUCCCUCUUCAGCACCCCUGGGCGGCGGCAGACGCGUUGGGUGGACGCCCAACACGCCGCGACGAUCCUGCGCAUCACGGAGGUGAGCUACGAACCGGAGCUCCUGGGCGAGCUCGAUAAAUAUGACGGGGGGCUGCUGAAGGAUUUCAACCCAGAGGUGCAUACGAACCCGGUGUUUAGCGCGUUGGAUGGGUAUGAUAUUUUCAAGAAGAAAGACAAGCAAGCGGUCGAAGAGGCGACGACGUUCCUAGACAUGAUGGAAUAG